UGCUUUUGGAAUGUUAACUAGAAGAGACUUCAAUCUCUCACUAUGUAUAUUCUUGUUAAACUGGUUAGAUGUCAUACAUACGGUAACUUCUUAUAUUUAUAACAGACUUCUGAGUUCUCUAGGCUGUUCUUAAAACCUAGUAAAUCUCAUCUUUCCUCUUCCUAUCUCCUUUCCUUUUAUUAAUAGAUUGGAACAGAAAUACAAGUUUUCCUGUGCAGAAACAACUAAGGGCACGUAACUUUCUAGAGGGAAGAACUGCUAGUUAUUUAACAGAGCUACCGUAUUUAUUUUUAGGAGGUGAAUAGGAAGCAUACUGGGUUAGAACCAAACUGACAGCACAGGCAUAUUCAUGUUUACCCAGAAGUAAGCGCUACUUCAGUGGGAUUUACUUUGAGGUAAAUGAGUAUAGGGUUGCAGCCACAAUCAUUCUUGGAAUUGACCCAUGACCCAAGUAUGGAUCCAACUAAUUGUCUGUAAGUAAAUAUUCAUAAUUUGAAGAGACGGUACAAAAUACUCUGGCUGAGGGAACUGAGCAGACAAUCUUGCCAAUUGCAAAGCAUGCUGAACAUGGCUAGGCUGACUCUGACUUUGAUUUGACUCCACUGGAUCACCUGGCUGAAGGAGCAACUUGUGCAGAGUUUAUUCUUGCAGAUUCCCCCCCCCCCAAUUGUAUGCAAGGGCAAGUAUCAGUAAUUUGUUUCAUUCAAAGAUGUUUUCAGGUAGACCUGGAAAUAUCUGAAAAGUUUCAAAAUAUAAAAUCAUAUCUUGGUAUAUUUUUGUUUUUCUAGAGGCCUAUCUAGUUCAGUUUGUUGGGCCUACUUCCUGUCAGUCUAAGAGUCUCUAACCUUUUGCUUCAGCUGCUGUAAAUUGAGAUAAACUGGGUUGGAGAAGGAAGGAUGAUAACCCUGCAGGCCCCGAAGAAAGAGUUGGGGCCUAUCCAGUUAUAUUUUUCUAAACUGAGAGAUAACUAACAGUGAAACAUUGCUGUAUGAACCUAGCAGAACCAGGGCUGAAGGACUGAGCCAGAAGACACUUGGGGCAGAAAACUGUAGGUGCUGGAGACAGUUUUCAGAGUUCCUUGAUAGCUAGGACAAGCACAAACCGUGGUCUGUGUCUGGCACUCUGCUGGGAUGUUUUUAGCAGCAACAGAGCUGGCAACCCAUAUAUAUGCCCCUCACCCCUGAGGCCACAAAUAACCAAACACUUAAGACCAUAUGGUGUCAGGAGUUGCCUUGUUUCCUCUGUGAAGCUAACAGAAGGCAGUACUGAAAAUCUGCCAUGCAGUCCCUAUUGACUGCAGCGUAUCAUGGACUACUUUAAGCCACCAGCUGAGUUCUGCUUAACCCCCAGUCUUGGUGAAAACUGACAGCUACCAGUUAUAGCAGCAUGAGUUUGAUGAGGCAGCAGGAGUAAAUAAUAACUUUCAGAAUGAUCCAGUGACCUUUGCACUGGUGUAAUUGUCACUGAGUUAGGAUUUAUAUUGUUGCAAGGCCUUUGGAUUGACCUGUUAGUUGUUCUUUUUUAAAUCAAUUUUAUUAGAUUUUCACUUACAAAUCAAUCAUAUCAAACCAAUUAUUCCAAAUUUUACAAAGAUAUAUCUAUUAAACCAAAUAUUAUGCCAAAUUAUAAAAAUUUUACUUCCCCAUGCUUCAAAUUCUGAGGGUUCUGAAUAUCGAUAAUUUCUGUCAUUCUAAUCAAAGUUCCAAGUUCUUUCCAGUCCUUUUAAUCCAACAUAGUCCAGAUCUUUUCCAACAGGUGAGAUUUACUACAAAGCCUAUGUUUCUGUGAGGAUUUUUCUGUCUGGAUUGACCUGUUAGUUACUGUAUAGUAGAUAAUAACUGCUAUGGAGAAAUGGUCACUAAAAUAGGAUGUAAGCAAGGAUAAAACACACUUUAUGUUCAUUAGGCUUUUAAAAAAGUUUCUGACGGAAUUUGUGGGAAAUCUGCUUUUUAAAAAAACCCUGGGAGAAGAAAGAGAGAAGUUCAUGAGGUCUAAGAACUACGUAAUUUUAGCUUCUCUAGGGACAGUCUUGGGAAGGCUAUGCAGUUAUACCUCAGUUGGGAAGGCUAUACAGUUAUACCUUGGUUUGAGAAUGCUCCGGUUUGAGUACUUUUGGUUUAAGUACUCUGCAGACACAGAAGUGCUUACUUCUGGGUUCCGCGGCGCUUUUGGGGAGCGAAUGGCACCCCGGAACCAAUUGAGUACUUAAACCGAGGUACCACUGUAACCUAAUGAACUGUGGCAUGAAUGGCCCUGUGAAGAUGCUAUCAAACAUAGAGUGGUGUCCUUUGUUUUGACAGGACUUAAACAAGUAUUCAGUGUUUGAGAACUUGCAUUUCCAGACCAAGCAUAGCUAGCAAAGUUGCCAAAAAGGAACAUAGUACAGUAAGCUUGCAACUUAUGCACAUUUAACAUUUGCACAUUCAGCUGUGCACAUUUGGCCAAAAACUUUUUUAAAAAAGUGGGGGAAACGAGUUUGGCCUCCUACCCAUCAUUGUACCCAAUAUAUUUUGACUAAACACAAUUUUGGCUUUAUGCACGAUCCCUGGAACGUAACCCCUGUGUAUGUUGUAUUAUUGAUUAAUCUUCAAUAAACAAGCAUAUUUUCUUGAAAUGUUCUGUUGUUAUUCAUUGUUUGAUUACACUGUAUCUCUGUAGUAGUCAUAAAGUAUGUUCUACAGUUCCAUUUGUUUCUACAGAUUUUACAUGGAAUAUUUCUGUUGGCAUUGUAACUUUUCAUCUUUGCCUCUCAUUAAGUGUGUUGGAACUUUUUAAAAGCUUCAUAUAAGCAUUGAGUACCUUUUUAUUAGUGGGAAGGAUUGCACUGGAAAUUUUGCUUAAAUCUGGCAAUAUAGUUUGUACUUUAUAACUGUUCAGCAAGUUACCUCCAUUAGAGCUAGCUGCAGUGACAUUAAUUGUGAAUUGCUAGGGACAAGAAAUUUUCUUUCCAAAUGAGUAGUAGGAUAUUUUUCCAGCCAUUCCUUGACACUAGUAUAUGUGUGGGAUGGUAAACCUAAAGUGCUAAUGUUGCCAUUUUAAAACAUGUUUUGGAAGUACAAUAAGUUGCACUAACACCAUUCUAUUUAGAAUCAUUAGAAUCAUGAUCUCAGCCAUUGAACCUUGUGAGAAAUGAAUACAGCUCUGGAAUCAAAAUUGUCCUAUGGCUGUGGCAAAGUAAUAAAUGAUUUACAGGGAUAUUGCUCUUAUUUUUCAAGGCUUCCUGUUAACGAAGACUGUGUCUGGGCUGGAACUGCUUUUUUGUAGCCUUCUUGAGACAUCUAAUUGUUCAAAACCAUGUAGCUACUGCUAUCUGUAUUUUGACCUUCCUAAUGCCAUAUAGAAGUGACAUUGCCCUUUUCUGCUUACAGUGUUCCCCCUGUGGUGAGCGCGCUUUGAUAAAUUUGCGCCUCAUUUUGGUAAGCGGAAAAACGAAAGAAUUCUUGUUUUCACCCAAUGACUCAGCAGCAGACAUUGCAAAGCAUGUAUAUGAUAACUGGCCAAUGGACUGGGAAGAAGAGCAAGUAAGCAGUCCAAAUAUUCUGCGACUUAUUUAUCAAGGACGGUUUCUUCAUGGCAACGUGACAUUAGGAGCAUUAAAGCUUCCUUUUGGCAAGACAACGGUGAUGCAUUUGGUGGCUAGAGAGACGUUGCCAGAACCAAACUCUCAAGGUCAGAGGAAUCGUGAAAAAACUGGAGAGAGCAAUUGCUGUGUGAUCCUGUAAAAGCUCUGCUGUAUCUACUACUUUGUGAUGUAUAAUAGUUUUCGUCUUUCAUGCCGCUGGACUAGAGGAGACCAACAUUGCUUCAAACACCCUUAGGACAAACCUGUCUGAAUCCAUUGAACUGAAAUAUUACAUGAACGCUGUCACUUUUUUUUUUCUAGAACAAUGAACAGUUUUUUAUUUCUACGUUUUAGGCUGUUGAACAAGCUUAUUAAUACAUCACUUCUCCACUUCUCCAAUGCAUUCUCUCUCCAAGAAAAGGUUAACUAUUCUCAACAGGAAUCAUAUUGCUGCCAUAAGAUCAUCCUUAACCUGAACUUUAACCAAUCAAGAUUUCUAGAUGCAAUUUGCACUAAAAAUGGUUGACGAUAUAUAGACCUCAUCAUCAAAAGCUCUUAAGUAUUUCAAACACAGAGAAAGGAAUCAGCACUGGAAAAUACUAUCAGCAGUCUUAUUCUUUAAAUUCAGUAAUGGCCAGCUGAAAGGGGAAAAAAUAACUACUAAGUAAGUAAAUUCUACCUAAGUCAACCUUGGUGGCCAAACUGGCACAAAAUACUAACUAAAAUUGUCUGACUAUAGACAUAUAUAUAUUUUCACUGCAACAAACUAUGUGCCUGUAAUUUUAAAGCACUCUGUAGAGGGCUGUUGAAACUGAUUUUUUUCAUUGAUGUGCACUCUUCUUGUACAUUAGUUGAGUGCUUGUUCAGACAGCACAAAUAAGUACAGAGAGUGCAUUUCCUAGCCUUAAUAUGGGAGGGGCAAUUUCCUGUAGUUCAUAGGCUUUUAUUAAUGUGCAUAAAUAUUAGAAGACCUCAUUUACUAAUCAAUUUUAUGUCUUUGAAUAUCAGCAAUUGAUGUUUUUCAAUCAUUCUUAGUCAUCCGUACCUUAGUGCCCAGUGUCAUGCUUACUCAUUAGUGACUUCAAACAAAUAACUAAAAGGAAAAAAUGGAAAAAAAACAUAGAAAAACCUCUGCCAUAUGAUGAGAUUUUGUUUAUUUUAUGUGCAUUUGGUGUUAGUGCUUGCAAUUGUAUUGGAAAUCAAAAAGCUGGUUUUUAAAGCAUACAUAUUUAGAAAGGAUGCCAUUCAUUUUCUUCAUAUAAUUUAAAAAUUGAUAUGCUAAAAAAAUUGCACAGCACUAAAGCAUGAGUUAGUUUCAUCUAAACCUGUAAAAAAAUAUAAAAGAUUUUAUAUUUUUCCACUAGGGAGAAAUUCUUCCUAGUUGAAAUUACAAAUGUGUAGAAUAUAUUUAAUAAAAAUCUUAUAAAAACAUAACUAUAGAACUUAAAUAUAGAUUGGAGUGUAGAAUAAUACAACAAUAAUCCAUAUAAAUAGCUCUAGACUUUUAAGAAAAAAUUGCAGGUUGACAUUUGUGUUCUGUACUUGAGUCCAUGGCCCUUACAAAUGUUCUGUGUUUUCUGAAUGAUCAACUUCAUUUAAAUGUAAUCAGGUUAUUUUAUUCAAUGUUAUUGCUUUGACAAAAUGCUUUAUAUGCAGUAGGCCUACAAAGAUAUUGUUCAUAAUGAUCAAAAUUAAAUUUGUAUAGAGCAGAGUUUUAAAACAAAUUGUAAAUAGCACUAAACAUUUUCUUUCUGCAACCUGUACUGAUAGAUUCUUCUCUAAACUAAAUAAAAGAAGAAUAUUGUAGUGCACUUGGUUGUGAUUUGAAAGCUAUGACCUGAUCUGUAUUGGGCAUCAGUGUUUUUAAGUCAUGAAGAAUAUGUACAAUGGAAAUAUCCCUUCCUGAUUUUCUUUUUAAAUUAAUACUUGGGUUGAAAUUUGAGGAAGAUUGUAAACUUGUUUCGGAACAGGGAUGGAGGCAUUUUGGAUAUGCUUGGCCUCAGCUGUGAAGGACUUUAUAAAUCCACAAACUCAAGUUUACCCCCCCCACCCCUGGAGUCAAUGAUUGGGUAACCAGUGCUAAUAUUUAAAACACCGUUAUAACUUAAGAAACUGCAUGAGCAUGAGAAAUCUUAGUGUUUUAGCAUUCAAAAACUUAACGCUUAAUUUAAAAAAUGUGUACAUUCAGCUAUGGCACCUCUGAUCACUAAAAGCUUCUUUAGAGGCCCCCUUGCCAUUUCUGUUUCAGAACAGUGGCAGUUUACUCCCAAAGCAUUUAUUUUGAAGAGACUGCUAGCAAUGCAACCUCAUCUUAUCCAAUGCCUUUAGUUUGGUCCCCGCAUCAUUAGCAGCAAUUCAGUUGGGUGAUGUCUACACUUGCUCAGUUUCACAUUAAUUGUACCUGAAAACUGGCAGUACACUUCAUUUUUAGAAUGACUUCAAAUUGAGUUCUGGGGAUCUAUUUGAAGCUGUCGGGAAAGAAGGUCACAUAGGAGUAACAGAGAUCCAAACAUGUAAAAUACCGGUAAAUGCACAUAAUCCAACAAGUUGGUGAGAAAAAUUUGCAGCAACUAUUGGAUAGAAUACUGCUCUUUACAAGUUUACAAAAUGAUGUGUUAAAAGUGGAAAUGAGGCCUGUUUUCCCUCUAGGACUACUGACUGAUUAAAGAACAUUUAGCUGA